CUCCUUUAAAGCCCAAUCCAAUCCCCCGACGGCCCAAAAACUCCGGAAGUAAGAAAAAUGGCUCGGCUCUCCGUCGUCGCCGCCGUCCUGAUCCUGCUCUGCGCCGUCGCUGCCGGGGAGGCUGACCAUCAUUUCCGAUCAAGCUUCGAUGAAGAGAACCCAAUUAGACUGGUAUCGGACAGCAUACGCGACUUGGAAUCGUCCGUCCUCCGGCUGAUCGGCGACACGCGUCACGCUCACUCCUUCGCGAGCUUCGCUCACAGGUAUGGGAAGAGUUACAAGACGGUGGACGAGAUUAAGCUGAGAUUCGAGAUUUUCUCGGAGAAUUUGAAACUCAUCAGAUCCACUAACAGAAAGGGCUUGCCUUAUACUCUAGCUGUUAAUCAGUUCGCUGAUUGGACCUGGGAAGAGUUCCGCAGACACAGGUUGGGAGCUGCUCAGAACUGCUCUGCCACCUUGAAGGGCAAUCACAAGCUAACUGAUGUUAUCCUUCCUGAGACGAAAGAUUGGAGAGAAGAUGGCAUAGUCAGCCCGAUCAAAGAUCAAGGUCACUGUGGAUCUUGCUGGACUUUCAGCACCACUGGAGCUCUAGAGGCAGCUUACGCUCAGGCAUUUGGGAAGGGGAUCUCUCUGUCUGAGCAGCAGCUUGUGGACUGUGCCGGAGCUUUCAAUAACUUUGGAUGCCACGGGGGAUUGCCAUCCCAAGCUUUUGAGUACAUCAAAUACAAUGGUGGCCUUGAUACUGAGGAAGCAUAUCCUUACACUGGACUAGAUGGCACCUGCAAAUUUUCUUCAGAAAAUAUUGGUGUUCAAGUUCUCGACUCUGUGAAUAUUACCCUGGGUGCUGAAGAUGAGUUAAAGCAUGCAGUUGCAUUUGUUCGUCCAGUGAGUGUGGCAUUUGAGGUGGUCCAUGAUUUCCGAUUUUACAAGAAAGGAGUUUACACAAGUGGAACUUGUGGCAGCACUCCCAUGGAUGUGAACCAUGCUGUUCUUGCAGUCGGGUAUGGAGUUGAAGAUGGUGUAGCAUACUGGCUCAUCAAGAACUCAUGGGGAGAAAACUGGGGCGACAAUGGCUACUUCAAAAUGGAGUUGGGCAAGAAUAUGUGUGGUGUGGCAACUUGCUCAUCAUAUCCCGUUGUUGCUUAAGCUGGUGGGCUCUUUCGAGGUUGUAGAUUUGAAUUGUUAUUGUUCAUAUCUGAGGUGAGGAGGGGAAGGGUCAGUACACUGAUGAAGAUGCAAGCUUUUAUGUACAAAAUAAAGCCAAAGCAUUUGCCCUCUAUAAAUGGUGGCUAUGAUGUACUCAACAAACACCCUUGUAAUUUUCUAUCUAUGGUGGUGUGUUAGUUAUCAAUACAUUUCCUUUGGUAUUUAGUUUUUA